AUGAAGUCUGUCUUUGUCAUUACAGCUCUUGCCUGGAUCGUGGCCGCUACGCCAAUCCCCAAUCCUGGCCUUGCCAUUGACCUCGAAGAAGUUGCCUCCGUUGAGGCUCGUCGAGUGGUAGGCAUAACUGCUGAUGAGUUCAAGCAAGGUGGUUGUCGCGACGUCAUCUGGUUCUUUGCUAGAGGUUCGACCGAAGCCGGAAACAUGGGCACUAUAGUUGGUCCACCAACAGCAAGCGCGUUGAAGCGCGUGCUUGGCUCCGAUAACGUUGCGAUUCAGGGCAUUGACUAUCCUGCCCUCGUGUCCACCAACCUGCUCCCCGGCGGCGCCGACCUUGGGGGUAUCCGUGAGAUGGCAAGCCUCCUGACGCAAGCCGCAAACGACUGCCCUAAUUCCAGCAUCCUGGCCGGCGGCUACAGCCAGGGCGCAGCUCUCACACACCGCGCGAUCGAGAACCUGCCGGACAACGUCAAAAACGCCAUCGAUGGUGUUGUCACCUUUGGCGAUACCAAGAAUCUGCAGGAUCGGGGCCAGAUUCCCAAUUUCCCGCGCGAGAAGGUCCGGAUCUUCUGCAAUCGGGGCGACCUCGUCUGCUCCGGCACGUUGACGAUCACGGCAGCGCAUCUGACGUAUGGGAACGAUGCGGAGGAGGCAGCUGCGUUCUUGGCUGGUCGUGUCAAUGCUGCAGCUUGA